CGGGUCUGCUGAGACCAAUUCAUGUCAAACUCGUGUAAUUUUUGGCAUGGUCUGACUUCCUAUUACUGUAAGCAAGAAAGGGAUACAGUCAAAGUAGAGGUGGUAGUUCGGGAACCCUUAUUGCAAAGAGCAGCUCUUAAUGAAUAAUCGUCAUCUAGAAGGAUCUAAAAAUGGGGCUGUACAAAGGACUGGUCUGGAUGUAGGGCUUGGCAAUAUUUCCACGAAGGGCUUUUUGAAGAAAGCACGCGUCGCCUCUCCGGGCCUGGCUGGGUCGGUGAUACCUCGGGCAAGAGGAAUGGGAUUUGCUCACCAGCUCUCGAGAUAAUUUUGAAACAGGUUGUGAUCAAGUAGGGGAAAAAGUGUCCCCGAGCAAAGUGCUUUGCAGUCAGCUGCCCUGGCUGCUCUUGGGAAAGAAGUGUGGUGAUGGAUCGGAAAUUCGUUAGCUGUAUCACAAACUUGGAGCAACCAAAGCAGAAGAAGCCAACUGCAAAUGCAAUCCUCGGCUGUCCGAAGAACUGUGCUAUCCGCCACGUAGGUGGAGCUCUCCUUUAGUUUUUCUUGGCACCGAUAAAGCUCAUGUGUUGUCCAGCUUUUGGUGUUGACUUUUGCGAAAGCAAAUUGUGGACCUGUUAGAGUGGGGGCAAGGAGAACGAUCACAGGGCUAGAAGACAUGACCCAGGAGAUGAGAGACCUCACCACCCCGUUAUCAGUAAAGGUCUAACUGCAAACGCUCCGUAACCAGGUAUAAAUGAAGUGCUGCUUAGAACAGUCCGUUGACUACAUAUGGCUCCCUUGGCCAUAAUUGAGUAACUACUGAUCUAGAGAAGGUGGAAGGGAAAUGCAUUAAUAGUGUUUUGCUGCAAAGAGGACAGGGACUUCACCAAGGGAACUUUGGGUUGGAUUGGGACAGAACUAGAUACUGGGAAGGGCAAGACAUGGGUGGCAGCUGGAGGUGUUGGGGCCAGACUGGUGAAUCACCUGCCAGGGUUAGUUGGGAUGCAGUCGAUCCUGCUCAAGGGCUGGACUGGAUGACUUUUUGACAUCUCGAGGGCUCUUUUUUCAGGUAUUUCACACUGUGAUGUGGCUAGAAUACAGACGUACGCAUGUGCUGGGGGACAAGGAACCUCCCUGCUUUCCUUCCUCUGCUUGUGUUUCAGGUCACCUUCUAUGAAGACAAGAAUUUCCUAGGCCGUUGCUAUGAAUGCAACAGCGACUGCCCUGAUUUUCACAACUACCUGAGCCGCUGCAACUCCAUUCGUGUGGAUGGAGGCACCUGGGUGGCCUACGAGAGGCCCAACUUUUCUGGGAACAUGUACGUUCUGACGCAUGGCGAGUAUCCCGACUACCACCACUGGAUGGGCCUCAAUGACCGCCUCGGCUCCUGCAAAGCCGUCCAGAUACCAAGUGGAGGCCGGGGCCACAUCCAGGUAUUUGAGAAGGGAGAUUUCGGCGGGCAGAUGUUCGAAGCCACCGAAGACUGCCCUUCCGUCAUGGAUGAGUGGCACAUGCGCGAGGUCCAUGCCUGCAGAGUGCUGGAGGGCACCUGGGUUUUCUACGAGCAUCCCAACUACCGAGGCAGGCAGUACCUGCUGCCUAAGGGGGAGUACCGCAAACCCGUGGAGUGGGGAGCGGCCAGCCCCGCCGUCCAGUCCUUCCGCAGCAUCUCCCAGUGA